CAAAUUUCUCAGUUAGAGCUAACCAAACAGCAAGGACUGCGAGCAAGUAAACGGCUCUUUUUCUUUUACCACCGUGUGUCCACGACCUUCGUUUACGAAUAGUAUACUGUACCAAGUGUUUCAGGACCGAACCCGAAAAACCGAAGCGUCCAAACUCACCUGAAAGACGAGGCAAAAAAACAAAACUCCCAGCCAUGUCGCGAUUUUUCCACGGAGGCGGGAGCGAUAGUGAUAGCAGCUCCUCGGACGAGGAGGAACUCUAUAGCGAUCACGAUGAGAGCCAAGACAUUUCCGAUGACGAAGAGGAGUCCAGCGAGGAGGAGUCCUCCUCGGAGGAGAGUAGCAGCGACUCUGAUGACGGCGGAGAAGGUGGUGCUUCGAAGUUCUUCAAGCACGAUGCCGGUGCUGAUGAUGACAGUGAUGAUAGUGAUGAUGAGGAGCGGGUUACGAUUGUAAAGAGUGCGAAGGAUAAGAGGUUAGAGGAGCUCGAGCAGACUAUGCGGUUGAUUGAGAAUGCUGAGAAGAUUAAUGAUUGGGCGGUUAUUUCGACGGAGUUCGAUAAGCUUAAUCGGCAAAUUGUGAAGAUUGCCCAGUCGGGCCCAACGCCUAAGAUCUAUAUCAAAGCUAUCGCUGAUCUUGAAGAUUUUAUGAACGAGACUAUCGUGGCGCAGAAGUCGUCGGCAAAGAAAAUGAACGCAAGCAAUGCUAAGGGGUUCAAUGCUGUUAAGCAGCGUAUCAAGAAAAAUAACAAAGAAUAUGCAGCGGAGAUCGAUAAAUAUCGUGAGAACAAGAAGGAAUAUAUGAUUGAGGAAGAGGAGGAGGAAGUUGUCGAGAAGAAGAAGGACAAAGUUCGAACUCUUCGCCCGGAGGAGCUGUUGGGCGAUGACGAUGAGGGCUUCGCGAUCGUUGGCCGCGGCGGAAGGACGCUCCAAUACACUCCCGAGAGCAUUCUCAAGCACCUGCGGCUUAUCGUCGAGUCUAGAGGAAAGAAGAACACCGACCGUCUCGAGCAGAUCAAGACUAUGGAAAAGCUGCUAGAGGUUGCCACGACGCCAUAUCAGUCUAUCCGCGUUCUGCUAACUCUCAUCUCCACCCGAUUCGAUCUUACCUCCACCUCGACCGCGAAUUACAUGAGUACAGAGCAAUGGAAGCAGGCCAUACAAGAACUUGAGACUUUGGUUUCUACGCUUGAAGAACACCCCGAAUUCAUCGUCACUGAAGGUGCAGAGGAGUGGGAAGAUGAUGAGAAACAGCCUCAGCUUGCUCCUGGCGAAACCCUCAAAGUGCCCGGCAGCGUUGUUUCUUUCGUUGAGCGGUUGGAUGAUGAACUCACCCGAUCGCUACAGCAAAUCGAUCCUCAUACUGCGGAAUAUAUUGAAAGGCUCAGCGAUGAGCAAUCGCUGUAUAACAGUAUUGUCCGUGCGCUGCUCUAUGUUGAAGUGCUCAACAAGGUCGAGAAGACUGAAGCGCGUCAAGAGAGUGUGAACAGAGUGUUGAUGAGACGCCUGGAACAUGUUUACUUCAAACCAUCGCAAGUUGUCAAUAUCCUUGAAGAAAACACAUGGGCAGCACUCCCCGCGAAACUUGACUCCAACAUCACUCCCCGCAAGAACAACAGCACUGAUGUUCCCGCGCUUGUUAAAACUCUGUGUGACUACCUCUUCGCCCAUAGCGAUGGUAUUAUCCGUGCCAGAGCUAUGUUGUGCCAGAUUUACUUCCUUGCACUCCACGAUAAAUACCACCGCGCUCGCGAUUUGAUGCUCAUGUCACAUCUCACAGAAAACAUUUCCAACUUCGAUGUCAGCACCCAAAUCCUCUUCAACCGAACACUUGUCCAGAUUGGCCUCUGCGCGUUCCGCGCAGGACUAGUCUACGAAGCCCAAAACAUCCUUUCCGAAGUUUGUGGCAGUGGCAGACAAAAAGAACUAUUGGCUCAAGGCAUCAUCAUGCAACGCUACUCGUCCGUAUCUCCAGAGCAAGAGAAGCUCGAACGCCAACGCCAGCUUCCCUUCCACAUGCACAUUAACCUGGAACUUCUUGAGUGCAUCUACCUCACCUCAAGCAUGUUCCUCGAAGUUCCCCUCAUGGCACAAACUUCCUCAUCCCCCGAGCUAAAGCGACGCAUUAUCUCCAAGACCUUCCGACGCAUGCUCGACUACAACGAACGACAAGUCUUCAAUGGGCCCCCCGAAAACACUCGCGACGGCGUCAUCAUGAGCGCCAAAGCACUCGCCGCCGGCGACUGGAAAAAAGCCUCCGCAACCCUCAAUUCCAUCAAGAUCUGGGACCUGAUGGCGCAACCGGACAAGAUCAAGGUAAUGCUCGGCGAGCAGAUCCAGGAAGAGGGGUUGCGUACUUACCUCUUCACCUACGCUCCCUUCUACGACUCUCUCUCCAUCUCCACCCUCUCAGACAUGUUCGAGCUGUCUCCUAAAAAGAUCGCUGCGAUCGUCAGCCGCAUGAUUUCGCAUGAAGAACUAGCCGCCGCCCUCGACCAGGUCAAUGAUGCCAUCAUCUUCCGCAAGGGCGUUGAGCUAUCUAGACUCCAGAGCCAAAUCGUCACGCUUGCUGAUAAGUCCAUGUCCCUUCUUGAGGCUAAUGAGAAGACACUUGAGCAGCGGACGCAAGGCAUGGCUAACGCGUUCCAACGCGAUCCGGGACAUGGUGGCCGUGGUGGAAGAGGAGGUGGUCGCGGUGGGCGGGGUGGUGGACGUGGGGGAGGUGGUGGUGGAUUGCCACGGAGACCUGGUGGACAACAAUUCGGCGGCGGGGCUUUGGGGGGGGCGAUUAAGGCAUAAAGGGGGGUGUUUUUUUUUUUUUUUUACUUUUUUUUUUUUUUUGCUUUAAACUCUGUUUCUCCAUUUAUUGAAUAUGAAUAUUUCCAUUAAUUUUGUUAGUCAUCAAUUUGUCUUCUUAUUAUUCUCUCCCUUUACGCCGUCGAUGGUUUUUUUUAUGCCGGACUCUUAUUUUGUAGUGGAUGCAGCUCUUUUCCCACUUUAUCUCAUGUCAUACGAACGGCGGCUGCUGCUUUUCACAUUUCGUUCUCUGGUGCUUGCCGCUGUAGCUUAAAGAAAAAAGAAACAGAAAAUUACAAUAGAGUGGAAUUUCAUGGUCAA